GCCGCCGGGGAUGUAAGCGGGCCACCGGGGCGCGCAGAGGCAGACGCUCGCUCCUCCGGGACCGCGGCCCACACCGGCUCCGAGCGGCUGGCGGCGGCCUCGCAGGGGGCGGCGGCGGGGCGGAGGGAGCAGGGAGCCAGGGCGCGUGCGUCCGCGCGCACAGGCCGCGGAGGAGGGGCAGAGCGAGCCAUGGCCGGGGACAGCGAGCAGACCCUCCAGAGCCGCCAGCAGCCCAAAAGCGGCGAGCCCUUCCUGAUCGGCGUCAGCGGGGGCACGGCCAGCGGCAAGUCCUCCGUGUGCGAGAAGAUCGUGCAGCUCCUGGGCCAGAACGAGGUGGACCACCGCCAGAAGCAGGUGGUCAUCGUGAGCCAGGACAGCUUCUACCGCGUCCUCACCCCGGAGCAGAAGGCCAAAGCCCUGAAGGGCCAGUUCAACUUCGAUCACCCGGAUGCCUUUGACAAUGAGCUCAUCCUCAAAACGCUCAGAGACAUCACCGAGGGGAAGACCGUGCAGAUCCCCGUGUACGACUUCGUCUCCCACUCGCGGAAGGAGGAGACGGUCACCGUGUACCCCGCGGAUGUGGUGCUCUUCGAGGGCAUCCUGGCCUUCUACCUGAAGGAGGUGCGGGGCCUGUUCCAGAUGAAGCUCUUUGUGGACACGGACGCCGACACCCGGCUCUCCCGCAGAGUGUUACGGGACAUCAACGAGAGGGGGCGGGAGCUGGAGCAGAUUCUGACCCAGUACAUCACGUUCGUCAAGCCCGCCUUCGAGGAGUUCUGCCUGCCGACAAAGAAGUACGCGGACGUGAUCAUCCCCAGGGGCGUCGACAAUCUAGUGGCCAUCAACCUCAUCGUCCAGCACAUCCAAGACAUCCUGAACGGGGGCCCGUCCAAGCGGCAGACCAACAGCUGUCUCAGCCGCUGCACCCCAGCGCGCAAGAGGCAGGCCUCGGAGUCCAGCAGCCGGCCACACUGACCCCGCGUCCCCAGGGCCUCGGCCCCCACCGCUCCGGGAGACGGGGUGGGGGAGGCAGCGAUGGUGGGGGCCUUGGCCAUCUGAAUAUGCGGUUUCCUAUGACCCUGCCUAUUGAAAACGACACGGAGAAGAAACGCCUUUGAUCUUGAACCAGAACUUGACCCCGAGCUUGCGUGAUGAGCUGUGCCAACUACUGCUGAUUGAUGCCAUCCGGCGAAGCCAACCUGUAAGCAGUUAUAAAUACAUAUACAUAUAAAAGGAUCUAUUUUUGUGUAACCGAACAAACACUGUACAGUUGUCCGCCCGAAGUGUUUGGGAGGAGGGCCCGCAUUGGUGUGUGGAGACUGGAGCUGGAGCUUCCUCUCCGGGAAGUGGCUUGUCCUGUCUCAGUUCAGGUGGCGGCUGGCACCUGGGCGGCAGGGUGUGCGGCAGGCUCACGCCUCUCGCUCUGAGCAAGCGCCUCCAGAAGCCCCUGCAGGGGCUGGAGCUUAAUGUUGCAUCGACGACGGAUGCUUUUUAAAAAAAUUUUUAAGUUGACUUUAGGCAAGACCUCAACCGAAAAAGCAAACUCAGGGAAGGGGCCCCUCGGGACAGUGUGUCUUCCCUGUUGUCCCCACACCCACCCUGCGUCCUGCCCCCAGCUGCUUGGGUGGUCGCUCCAUGACUCCUUCCUCACUCGCAUCUCGGUGUCUUGAAAGCCAGAGCCGCCUGUCCCUUGUCGCUUGCAGGCUGGGUGUUGGUGGGGACUUCUGAGGGCAGGAGGACAGCUGGCAGCCCCUCACAGGGGGGCAACAGAGCUUCACCUGCGCAGGGGACAGUAGCUUUUGUCCCCGAGACAUGGGGCUUUGCAGUGAGGCGGGGUGGCACGCGCCCUCAGCAGCAUGCCAGACGGGCCGACCUCAGGGUCUGGCAGCAUUGGGCACUGGGGAGGUGGCGGGAAGAAAACGGAGUCCAUAGGUCUUAAUACACUGGGUUCUUAGGGUGCAGAGUUCCACCUUUCCCCAGGGCUCCCUCUUGGCGAAAACUUACAUCUGUGGAGGAAGCACAGAUUCUGGAAGAGUCUUGUUUCAGGGGCGCAGGAAGUCGGGGGACCAAGCAGAGCUGCGUUCUAAUUCCAGGGCCCCGCCCCCCAGCUGGUCCACGCCCUCGGCUUGUCCCCUGCGGCUGCCCUGCCCGGGCAUUUCAGGGCCCUUCCCCUCCCGGGGCUGCCCCAGCCCGUUGGAGCCGGUCAGGUACAGUUGUCACCAGUACUCUCCAGUCACCCGGCUGCCCCCUUUUACUCAGCACCGUCCAAUUUCACCCCCCUUUUUCUGGAUUCGGUUUGACUCUGUUGUACUGUUUCAAAAAGUCAGGCCUAGUCUCCAGCUUAGGUUUGCCACCCCUGAGCCACCAGGGAGACCCUGUCUCAGGCCCUCAGGGGGCUCCUGACGGCCGCAGCUGCCUGCUUGGAGCGUGAGGGUUCUGAGGGGCCUGCUCCGAAGGCCGGUGCCCUCCGGGUGGAGGUUCUGGAAGGCCUUUCUCGUCCUGCCGUGGGUGGCUCUGAAGCGUAGGGUGUGUGGCAGGCUGUGGGAAGGUCCUCUGGCCCCCACGGGCCCAUGUGCCCCGGGGAGGCCAGUCCCCGUCCAGGUGCCAAACCACUUAGUGCCUUGGCUGUCGGUCCCACUGCCCUGGAAGGUGGGCUCCUCUCACCUCGGAGCCUCGGCUUUUGAGCCACCGCCUCGGCUGCCUGUGGUGUUGGGACCAAGCCUCAGUGUCCCCGGGUCGCCCGGUCUGGGCCGGGAAGCAGUGCCGAGGCUGCCUUGCCUCCCAGUAGGACCGGUGCCAGGCCUGCAGCCACCUGGGGCUGACCUUGAGCUUUCUGUGGGACAUAGCCUGGCCCUGGCAUUGCAGAGCCCCUGGGUCUCUGAGGCCACUGGGGAGUCUUAGGCCCGAAACCAGGCCCGAGUCACUGGGUGCCCUGCCGGCGUGAGCUGCGGGCGUGGUGGCACUGGUAGUGCUCCUGGGGGCCCGGCCUUGGAGCCUCCCUCCUGGGUGCUUGCUUCUCCCUCCCUGCCGCCCCUCCCAGGUGCCGUCUGCAGACCAGGCGUGCGGAAAACAGGCGUCCAAGCCUGUCACAGGAAGGCUCGGCCCCACACUCCUCUGGCUGACGGAGCUCCCACUGAUGGGUGUCUUCCUUGGGCAGCGUGGGACCCCUAGUAGGAGCAGAGAUGGGAGUCGGGAUAAGGGGGACGCAGCUCUUGUGAGCAGGUGUUGUGACCUCGGGUGGCCUUUGCUAUGGGGGGCAGGGGGGAGAGCUCGGUAGCAGUGGUGGUGACAGCAGAGCCCCGAGGAGCAGGCCGAGGGGGGUGCGGAGGGUUCUCCCCUCCGACCCAGCCGCCCACGAUCGGUGGGUCCCACUGGCCUCCUGUGUCCGGGCCUCCGCCUCCCCAUGCAGGCCGCCCGUGGUAGCUGGUCCUGCCUCAGGAGGGCCGAUAGCUGGGGAAAGACUUUUCCUUUCUUUGAGACGCUUGCUCCUCCCCUCUGCCUUCUACCGCCUGGUCGCAAUUGUCCGCAGUCACGGAAAAGACCACAUACUCUGUAUUUGGCUGUAAAUAAAGACCAAGCUGAAAGA